AUGACGGUUCAUGUCCCUGAAGCUAGAACGGUGGCUCUAUCCAACGAGGAGCGCGUCAAUGGGAGAUAUUCCGAUUGGUCGCUCCAGCAGGCUCUAGAGGCGAUGCACCAGGAUGGCCUGGUUAUACUGAAAGGUGUCGUCGACAGACCACCCGUCACGGAACUCAGUCUCCUCUACGAUGAUGUUUACUACAACUCAUUUGUACUCCAGUUAGCCAACGCGUAUCUCGGACACAAGCCAAUCUGGAACUGGCUAACAGCCAACACUGCCCUCGCCAACACAGGAGGAAUGCGUCAGGGAGUCCACAAAGACAAUGCAUUCGUCCAUCCACAAUACCCCUAUUAUUUCAUCGCAAACAUACCUCUAUGCACAACCAGCGUUGAAAACGGCGCGACGGAAUUCUGGCUUGGUUCGCACGCUCACACGUCAAACAAAGAUCAAAUAAUCGCCACAAAGCCAGAGCAGAUUACCGCUCAUUAUCUGCUUGGGGAACCUUUGCCAGCUGUUACUGAUGAAGCGAUAAAAGCGCGUCGGCAGGUUCGACCCCCGAUCCAGGCUACAUGCGCCGCAGGAGAUAUCAUGAUCCGGGAUCUGAGACUCUGGCAUGCGGGUAUGCCGAAUGAGACUGAUUCUCACCGUAUCAUGCUAGGCCUGGGAUACCAGAAUCCCGUCUUCCCCAAUACCAGCAUGAUGUGUCACCUCCCAGCCUCGCAAAAGGAAUUCUUCGAAAAGGCACCUUGGAACUUGGAGCUUCGCGCCAAGUUCUAUAAUGAUGAGGAAUUUGAAAAGACAAAUUUAGAUUCUGUUUUCAAUUUGCGACCAGUGUAUACGAAGUGA